AUGAAUAGUGACUCUGGAGAAGGUUUGAAGAAUCUAAAAAAGUCUGCAAAGUCCUUGAGAAAAGAAAAACAAGGAAUUGAAGGACUUCAUGGUCCAGAGGAACCAAAUUUUCCCUCCGAAGAAUCUGAGAACUGCGAUGGAAACAACGGAGGCUCUAGUGUAGGAGAACAAUACAAGGGGUCUUCUGGUGAUAAGGACCAGGUUCAGAUUCCUUGUUGUCUUGGUAGCAGCUGCUUCCUUGGAAUUUUUGUCGGGUUUGCUUUUGCUAUUUUGGUCAUCGCCAUCUCUGGAGCAGCUUUCCUUUGGUUCUACGGAAACUUUUGGAUGACAAUGCUGAUUAUCUUCCUUGGAGGAUUGGCCUUUAUAUUGAGCCACGAAAGAGUUGCACUUUCGAUCACCACUUUAUAUUCGGUUUAUUGUGCAUGGGUAUGCACUGGAUGGCUUGGUUUGCUUUUGGGCCUGAAUUUGUCAUUUAUUUCAAGCGAUGCACUGAUUUAUGUCCUAAAGAACAACAUGAAUGAGCAUAGGAGAUCAAACAGAUAUCCUGAACAAACAACUGGGAUGCAAGAUCAGUCUAGCUUCUCUCAUGGAUCCAUGCAGACAUCAUCUUCUGAAUUUAGCGGAACAGGUUUUGCUGCUGAUCGGUGUCCAGGCACACCAACCAGUGGAGCUGAUUCUGAGAUAUCUUCCGAAGAUGAAGUUGUUCGUUUGCUGAAUUGUUCAGAUCACUAUGCAGCUUUGGGAUUGUCUCGGUAUGAGAAUAUAGAUACUUUACUCAAGAAGGAGUAUAGGAAAAAGGCUAUGUUGGUUCAUCCGGAUAAAAAUAUGGGCAAUGAAAAGGCUGCCGAAGCAUUUAAGAAACUUCAAAAUGCAUACGAGGUUUUACUUGAUUCGAUAAAGCGAAAAACCUAUGAUGAUGAGCUGAGAAGGGAAGAGCUGCUAAACAUUUUCCGGAGGUUUCAGAGUGAUUCACAGAAGAGUGGUCCAUUUGGGUUUCCACGUUCGGCAACAAACAGAGAGGAUCCUUUUGGUGAAUCAAGACGAAUAGCCUGCAAAAAGUGCAACAAUUUUCAUUUAUGGAUACACACUAGGAAAUUGAAAUCUCAAGCAAGAUGGUGCCAGGAAUGCAAAGAUUUUCAUCAAGCAAAGGAUGGGGAUGGGUGGGUGGAGCAAUCUUCACAGCCUUUUCUUUUUGGAUUGCUGCAAAAGGUAGAUGCUCCUUGUGCAUACGUAUGUGCAGAGAGCCGAAUAUAUGAUGCAACUGGAUGGUAUGUUUGUCAGGGAAUGAGAUGUCCAGCUAACACCCACAAGCCAAGUUUUCACGUAAACACAAGUGUAACCUCUAAGCAAAACACCACUAGAGGGUCAAGUUCUAGCCAAAGAGGAGGACAGAUGCCUGCAUCAAAUAUAGAAGAGAACAUGACAGAAGAAGAGUUCUUUGAGUGGUUUCAGAAUGCCAUGCAGACAGGUGCAUUUGACAACGUUGGUGGUAGCGCCACGGAGAGCCCUCCGUCUAAAGCAGGAGGAAGUUUUAGCAAGAGCAGUAACAAUAGUGGCAGCAGUGGUAACAAGAAAAAGAAGAAAGGAAAGAAGCAGUGGUGAUUAUGGAGAGGUUAUUUGGUUAAACAUGCUAAUAAUUUUGAAGUGUAUGGUAGCUGAGUGAUUAUUAAAUAUACAAGGUAAAGGUAAGGUAGCUCUUAUAGGAAAUUUAAAAAACGAAUGGUGUAGAGAGAGAAGAUUGGAAAGCCAUUGAAGGGAAGGAUGGCAUUAAGAGUUUGUAUAUAGAGAGAGUAGCGGUUUUAACUGUCAUAAAAUGGCCUGAUUUACCCCGAAGUUUAGACAGGUUGGAAAUGUGUAUCCUGAACCCCUGAGGUAAUUGCACUAACCUUAUAUAUGAAGAAUUAUUUGGAAGAUGGCCUCAAAAUUGGCUGUUUCCUUCAUUCCCCA